AAGCCACCGAAGCUUGCACGCCAUUCGCCACCACGAGCACGGGGGCAGCACCGUGCGGGAGGCAGCGGCAAAGACGGCAUCCGCAGUGUGUGUUGUGCGCGUUCUCGGCGGCGGCCGUUUGGAGUGUAUCCGGUUGGCUUAACUCGACGGUUCGCCGUACAGUUGCGUUGUUUGGACCUCUGCAACAGCGCUGCAAGUUUUAAGCACCAUGUCCGAUGCCAAUCAGGACCCCAAGCCCGAGGGCGCCGACUGCGAGUACAUCAAAUUGAAGGUGGUAGGCCAGGAUGGCAAUGAGAUCCACUUCAAGGUGAAGAUGACCACACAGAUGGGGAAGCUAAAGAAGAGCUACAGUGAAAGAGUGGCUAUGUCGGUAUCAUCCCUCCGCUUCCUGUUUGAUGGGAAGCGCAUCAACGAUGACGAAACACCCAAACAGUUGGAAAUGGUCAACGACGACGUCAUAGAAGUGUACCAGGAGCAGACGGGGGGUGGUCUACGGAUAGCAGCAGCCGUACUGCGACCUUCUUCCUGAGUCAAGCGUCCCCUUGCAGCAGCGUGCGCGUGCACACACACAGACAUUCACCUAACAUUGUCAUCUAAUAAACCCCCCUCAUAUUCAGUCA